AUGCCCGCUGAUCCUGAGGGCCCCAAGCGGGGCGAACCUUCCGCUGCUCAAUCCGCUUCCGCCAAGCCCGCGGAGGCGAAAUCGACUGCGGUAGUGGCGGCGUCCGCGCCAGGCGCUGCAGCGCCAAGAAUUGAACCAGCUUCGGUGCCGUCGAAUGCGGUGGUGAAAUCGGGUGCGACCGGCGGGAAAGCGGUAGCGCCAGCGGCAGCUUCUGCGCUUGUCGCUGCGAAGCCGGCGGCGACCACGGUAGCAGCAACUGUCCCAGCAAAAGCAUCAACAGCGGCAUCUGCUGCGACGAAACCCGCUACUGCGACGGCCUCUGCGACGAAACCCUCGUCUGCGACAGCAGCUCCGGUGAAGCCCUCGGCAGCUGCGACGAAGCCUCCGGGUGUGGCGACGGAGGCGACAAAGGCGCCCGGAGCAACGAGUACCGCUCCGGUCGCGAAACCCACAGUAGCAGCAACAGCAGCAGCAGCAGCUGCCAGCGCAGCAGUGAAACCAGCAACGGCUGGCGGAGGAGGAGGAGGAGCGAUUCCCGCGUCGUCGACUAAGGCGGUCUCGACAGCUCCAACAGUCAAACCUGCAACGGUUCCUCACGCCGCAGGCACUCCAGCGGCGUCUAGUCAAGCAACGGAGACUCGAGUUGUCUCGGCUCAAGCCCCGAAAGCAGCGCCAACUACGGCAGCAGCCAAACCUGCUGCGCCUGCUACCGCUGGCGCAAAACCCGCAGGAGCGCAAGGCAAACCUGCUGCUGCGGGUUCAGCGGGCGGACCUGCGCCUGCAGGAGCAGUGGCGGGGGCAGCGGCGGGAGCAGGGGCGGGAGCAGCGGCGGGGGCAGCGACGAAAGCUGUUCCGUCGCCGAAGCCUGCUGCGCCUGUGGCGGGAGCGGCGAAACCGGUCGUUCCGACGGCUCCAGUCGCGAAAGCGACCAUUGCGACGUCGUCAGGAGUGAAGGCUGCUCCGACGAUCGCCACUGCGACGAACGCCCCUGCGACAAACGCUCCUGCGCCUGCCUCUGCGACGAAGCCUGCUGCUGCGACAGGAACUCCGACGGUGAAAGCUCUCGCGGCACCCGCGUUGGUGGCGAAGGCGUUGCCCGUCGCGACGGCUUCUGCGACAAAGACGCCCCCUGCGACAGCCCCAGUGGCGAAACCAAGAGCCACGUCACCUCCUGCAGCGAAACCAAGAGCCACGUCACCCCCUGCAGUGAAAGCUGUUGCUGUGCCUCCCGGCGGAACAAAACCCGCUGCUGCUGCAAGUUCCGCGCCUAUCCCAGGGAAGGCGGACGUGGGGACUGGCGCUGAGGCAAAAGCGGAUGGCGGAGUGAAGGUUGGCGCGCCCACUGCUGUGGCAGCGGGGAAAACAGCGCAGCCAGCCGCGGGGAAAGCCAGCUCGUCUUUAGCGCCCGCAGGCGCAGCUACGGGCGCAGCUGCAGGCGCAGCUGUAGGCGCAAUUACGGGCGCAACCAAGGGCGCAACUAAGAGUGCAACUACGAGCGCAACUACAGGCGCAACUGCAGGCGCAAUUGCAGGCACAGCUACGGGCGGAAGCGGAGCCGGAGGUGGCGGAAGUGCGGGGGCAGUGGCGGGGGAGAAAGGAGGGCAGGCGAAGACGAGUGGUGGUGAGGCCACGGGUAAAGCUAGUGAGGACGAUGGAGGUGGUAAGGGCAAGGAGAAGGAUGGGAGUGGGGAAGUGGUUAAGGAGGAUGGGGCAGGCAAAGACGGUAAGGAAGGGAAGGAGGGAGGGAAGGUGAGUGUAGAUGAGCAGCAAAAGAGCGGUGGGGGUAAAGGGGAAGAGGGGGGUGGGGGUAAGGGAGUUGAGGUGAAGGGGGAUGGGGCGAAGAAGGGGGAGCAGAGCGCAGUGGUUGUUGUUGGGGGGAGGGCAGAGGGGAGAGAGGGAGAGGGUGGAAAAAGACUGGAAGGAGGUACAGCUGAUAAGGGAGAAGCGAAGGCAGACGAGAAGGGAGAGAAGAAGGGAGAAGGAAAGGGAGAAGAUAAGGGAGAGACAGGGGAAAAGAAGGAAGAAGGAAAGACGGGAGUGAAGGUGGAUGGGAAGGGAGGAAAGGCGGGAGAAGGAAGUGUGGAAGGGAAGGGAAAAGAUCAGCCAAGCGAAGAGACAAAGUCAAAUGCGAGAGGUGCGGCUAAGGAUGUAGAGUCAGGACGAGAGAAAGAUGUGGGGAAGAAGGUUGAGGAGAAAAAGGGGGAUGAGAAGAAGGGAGAGGUGGAAAAGAAGGUGGAGAAGGGAGAGGAGAAGAAGGGAGAAGAGAAGAAGGGAGAAGAGAAGGAGGAAGAAAAUAAAGCGUCAGGAGGAGCAGCAGGAGGGGGGAAGGAGAGUGUUGUUGCAGCAGGGAAGCGAGCUAAAACUGGAGGUGCUCAGACUCCUGUGGGGGGAAAGAGUAAGAAGGAGGGGGAAGGGGGAGAUAAGAAGGGUUCACAGAGGCCUGGGGCGAAGGCAGCGGGGGGUAAGGAAGUGGGUGGGGCUAAGGGGAAAGAUGGGGGGAAGCAGGCGCAGGGAAAGGGACAGAAGGGAGGGAAGCAGGGGGAUGUGGGGAGGAAGGGGGGAGCUGGGGAGCUGGGGAAAGGGGAUGAGAAGAAAUAUUCUCCUGCACGCAAGUCCCCCACCCCUAAGAUCCGUCCUAUUCCGCAGGACAGCAGAGGCUUUGGGGGGAAAGAGGUGGGCGCAAGGGGAAAGAUGGCUGUAGCAGCAGCUGCUGGGAUGGGCAAAGGAGGAAAGGCUGUAGCAGCGGAUGGUAAAGCUGCUGGGGGGAGUGCGGGUGGCAGGGACAGCAGGGACAGGAGCAGGGCUGCAGGGGCAGGUAGCACCUGGGGAAGGGCGGCAGCAGCGGCGGCUGUUACUGGGGCGAGGGGGAAGGGUGCGGAGCAGAGGGGCGGGGGGAAGGACGGGGAGCGGAGGGGUGGGGAGGCUGUAGGGAAAUCUGCAGCACAGGGGAGUGCAGUCAAGAGCAAGGACAGUGGGGUAGUGAGUGGGGUGCGGAGGGGUGGUGGUAAGGCGGUUCCGGAGCAGAAGCAGGAGAUGGGAUGGAACAGGAGCAGACAAACGAUUGGAACGAGGAGCGGAACUAGUGCUGCUUCAGGUGGGAAGAGAAAGACACGAGAGGAAGAGGACGAGGAGAAGGAAGAGGAGGAAGCGGAAGAAGAAGAGGAGGAGGAGGAAGGGUAUAGUUCAGAGGAGUAUGGGAAGGGGGGGAGGAAGGGACAAGGGAAGAUGGGGGUUGCGGUGGGUAAUGGAAGGAAGGGGGGGGAGGCGGGCGGGGAGAGGGCAGCAGUGACUCAGGGGAAGCGAACCCCGGUCCCUGCAGCUAAGCGCGCGAGAACAGACCAUGCUGCUGCUGCAACUGGGAGAGUGGCAGACGGAGAAGUGGGGGCGGCUGCUAAGGCAGGGGCGAGUGCAGGCACAGGUCGUGGGAAGAGCGAUGGGAAGAGCGGUAAGAAGGCGGCUCAAGCGGAGGCUCACGGGGACAAGAACGACGCUGGCACCGCAGGCACCGCAGGCACAGGAGCAAGCCCCGGUGCAGCGGAAACAAAGCUAGGGUACCUGGAUCGCAUGAAGAGAGGGCGCGAGCGGAUCGAGGCAGUGGGGGGCGUGGGCGCGUGGCUAGGGUCCCUCGGCCUGGCCCGAUACAGCAGCACAUUUGAGGAGCACGAGGUGGAUGUUGAGGCUGCCACUGUACUCACAGCCGAUGAUCUGAAAGACAUGGGUGUGGCACUUGGGGCGCGUCGCAAGCUGCUCUGUGCGAUCGCGGAUCUCGUGUGCGGCGGGGUGGAGGAGGGGGGGGAUGGCGAUGUGGAUGGCGAUGGGGGGAAGGGUGGAGAGGAGGGGCAUGAGAAGGUAGCAGCACUGGCAUCGCCUUGUUUUGAAUCGUCAGCACAGCAGACGGCACUCUCCGCCGCGCUGCUCCCCGCCCUGCCCGCGCUCGCGGACAUCGCGGAGGAUGUUGCGGGGGCGGCGGAAGCGGGAGGCGCGGAGGGCAUUCCCGCGGUCUUGGUCGCGGCGGGGGUGGUGGCUGGCGCGGGGGCGGUGUUCGCGGGAGUGAAGGCGUACGCGUACUUCCAACUGCAGUUCCUAGUGGCGCGUUUCGUGGGCCGGCACGUGCCACGUGGCGGCGCGGUAGUGCUGGAUUUCCGCGCGGGGAGCGGAAGGAACAUCUACUACCUGCCUGAUGACGUGGACAAGCUGCUGGCCAUGCAGUCAGACGUGCAGCCGAGCCUGCUGAAACAACAGGCCAUAUCAUCAGGAGUGGCGAUUGAAGUGCUGCCGGACGGCCUCACCGCACUCAACCGCAUUGAAUCGGCCUCUGUCGACGCCGUGAUCACAGUGGAUGGCUUUAAGCGUCUCACGCCAUCUGAAGCCACCACGGCUGCUGCAGGCAUCGCUCGAGUCCUCAAGCCAAACCGAUCCCCCCUUCUCUUUCCCUCCCCACCUCCCUCCGCCCCCCUCUUCCCCCCUCAUUUCCCCCCUCUUCCCACUUCCACCCUUCCUUUCACCCCCAACUCGUCCCUCUUCACAGCCGCUGAUAUUCAUGGAGGCAUGUAA